GAAGGAGAGUCGCCGCCGCCGCCCUCGCCAGUCCCGGCCAGGCUCUCCCUUCCCGCCGCCGCCGCCAUGGCUGCCACCGGGGUGCUGCCGUUCAUCCGCGGCGUCGACCUCAGCGGGAACGACUUCAAGGGUGGGUAUUUCCCGGAGCAUAUCAAGGCGAUGACCAGCUUGCGAUGGCUGAAGCUGAACCGGACUGGCCUCUGCUACCUGCCGGAGGAGCUUUCUGCCCUCCAGAAGCUGGAGCAUCUCUCCGUGACGCACAACAGCCUGACAACCCUUCACGGCGAGCUCUCCGGCCUGCCCUGCCUGCGGGCCAUCGUGGCACGGGCAAACUGCCUGAAGAACUCGGGCGUCCCCGACGACCUCUUCCAGCUCGAGGACCUCUCGGUGCUGGACCUGAGCUACAACCAGCUGACGGAGGUUCCCCGGGAGCUGGAGAACGCCAAGAACAUGCUGGUGCUCAGUCUCAAGCACAACAGCAUCGACAGCAUCCCCAACCAGCUUUUCAUCAACCUGAUGGACCUGCUCUACCUGGACUUGAGCGACAACAAGCUGGAGAGCCUCCCCCCGCAGAUGAGGCGCCUCCUGCACCUGCAGACCCUGAUCCUGAAUAACAACCCACUCCUGCACGCCCAGCUCAGGCAACUGCCCGCCAUGACAGCCUUGCAGACGCUCCACCUCAGGAACACGCAGCGCACCCAAAGCAACAUCCCCACCAGCCUGGAGGGCUUGGUGAAUCUGACAGACGUGGACCUCUCCUGCAACGACCUGACCCGCAUCCCCGAGUGCCUCUACACCCUGUCCAGCCUGCGGCGCCUCAACCUGAGCAGCAACCAGAUCUCGGAGCUCUCCCUCUGCAUCGACCAGUGGACGCCGCUGGAGAGCCUCAACCUCUCCCGCAACCAGAUCAGCUCCCUGCCGUCGGCCAUCUGCAAGAUGACCAAGCUGAAGAAGCUGUACCUGAACUCCAACAAGCUGGACUUCGACGGCAUCCCUUCGGGCAUCGGGAAGCUGGCCAGCCUGGAGGAGUUCAUGGCCGCCAACAACAACCUCGAGCUCAUCCCAGAAAGCCUGUGCAGGUGUGUGAAGCUCAGGAAGCUGGUUUUGAACAAGAACCGCCUGGUGACCUUGCCGGAGGCCGUGCACUUCCUGACAGACCUGGAGGUUCUGGACGUGCGUGAGAACCCCAACCUGGUGAUGCCCCCCAAGCCCGUAGACAGGGCCUCCGAGUGGUACAACAUCGACUUCUCCCUGCAGAACCAGCUGCGCCUGGCCGGGGCUUCUCCUGCAACGGUGGCAGCGGCCGCGGUGGCAGGGAGCAGUCCAAAAGACCCGAUGGCACGAAAAAUGCGCCUGCGGAGGCGGAAGGAUUCUGCCCAGGACGACCAGGCCAAGCAAGUGCUGAAGGGCAUGUCUGACGUGGCCCAGGAAAAGAACAAAACGAUGGGGGAGAAUGGUGAUCUAAAAUACACAGACCUGAAGACCCGCCGCUGGGACCAGAGCCUGGAGAAGCCGCAGCUCAACUACUCGGAGUUCUUCACCGAGGAUGUGGGGCAGCUCCCAGGUGUCACCGUCUGGCAGAUUGAGAACUUCGUGCCAAUUAUAGUGGAUGAGACCUUCCAUGGGAAGUUUUACGAGGCCGAUUGCUACAUUGUGCUAAAGACCUUCCUAGAUGACAGCAGCUCCUUGAACUGGGAGAUCUACUACUGGAUCGGCCAGGAGUCCUCCCUCGACAAGAAGGCCUGCGCAGCCAUCCACGCCGUCAACCUGCGCAACUACCUGGGGGCCGAGUGCCGGACCAUCCGGGAGGAAAUGGGGGAUGAAAGCGACGAGUUCAGCCAGGUGUUUGAUCACGAGAUCGCCUACAUCGAAGGGGGCACCAGCAGCGGCUUCUACACGGUGGAGGACACUCACUACGUCACCAGGCUGUACCGGGUUUAUGGAAAGAAGAACAUCAAACUGGAACCAGUACCGCUGAAGGGCGCCUCUUUGGACCCUCGGUUUGUUUUCCUGUUGGAUCACGGCCUGGAGAUCUACAUCUGGCGAGGGAGCAAGGCCACCCUGAGCAGCACCACCAAAGCCAGACUGUUCGCCGAGAAGAUCAACAAGAACGAACGGAAGGGCAAAGCGGAAAUCUUGCUGCUGGUCGAGACCCAGGAGACGCCGGAGUUCUGGGAGAUCCUUGGCGGGCAGCCGGAGGCCAUCAGGAUCAGUGUGCCGGACGAUUUCAAGCCACCCAAGCCCAAACUCUACAAGGUGGGCUUGGGCCUGGGCUACCUGGAGCUGCCGCAGAUCAACUACAAGCUCUCCGUGGAGCACAAGAAAAGGCCCUCGGUGGAGCUGCUCCCCGAGAUGAGGCUGCUGCAGAGCCUGCUGGACACCAAGUCGGUCUACAUCCUGGACUGCUGGUCCGACGUCUUCAUCUGGAUCGGGAGGAAGUCCCCGCGCCUGGUGCGGGCCGCGGCCCUCAAGCUGGGCCAGGAGCUCUGUGGCAUGCUGCACCGGCCCAAGCACGCCGUGGUGGUGCGCAACCUGGAGGGCACCGAGUGCCAGGUCUUCAAGUCCAAAUUCAAGAACUGGGACGACGUGCUGCAGGUGGACUACACGCGCAACGCCGAGGCCGUGCAGCAGGCCGGGGGGCUGGCGGGCAAGGUGCAGAAGGACGCCGAGAAGAAGGGCCAGAUGAAGGCCGACCUCACGGCGCUGUUCCUCCCGCGCCAGCCGCCCAUGCCUCUGAGCGAGGCCGAGCAGCUCAUGGAGGAGUGGAACGAGGACCUCGACGGCAUGGAGGGCUUCGUGCUGGAGGGCAAGAAGUUCGCCCGCCUUCCCGAGGAGGAGUUCGGCCACUUCCACACGCAGGACUGCUACGUGUUCCUCUGCCGGUACUGGGUGCCGGUGGAGUGCGAGGAGGAGGCGGACGAGAGCAAGAAGAAGAGGAAGGCGGGGGCAGAGGGGGCCGCCGAGGGAGAGAAGGCCGCCGAGGAGGAAGGCGAGGAGGACGAGGAGAAGCAGCCCGAGGAGGACUUCCAGUGCGUGGUGUAUUUCUGGCAGGGCCGCGAGGCCUCCAACAUGGGCUGGCUGACGUUCACGUUCAGCCUGCAGAAGAAGUUCGAGAACCUUUUCCCCGGCAAGCUGGAGGUCGUGCGCAUGACGCAGCAGCAAGAGAACCCCAAGUUCCUCUCGCACUUCAAGAGGAAGUUCAUCGUCCACCGGGGCAAGAGGAAGGCCACGGACGACAGCGGCCUCCAGCCAAGCCUCUACCACAUCCGGACGAACGGCAGCGCCCUCUGCACCCGAUGCAUCCAGAUCAACACCGAUUCAAGCUUUCUCAACUCUGAGUUUUGCUUCAUCCUGAAGGUCCCCUUCGAGAGCACCGACAACCAGGGGAUUGUGUACACCUGGGUGGGCCGCGCUGCUGACCCCGACGAAGCCAAACUGGCGGAAGAGAUCAUGAACCACAUGUUCGACGACUCCUACAGCAAGCAGGUGAUCAACGAAGGAGAGGAGCCAGAGAACUUCUUUUGGGUUGGCAUCGGGACCCAGAAGCCCUAUGACGGGGAUGCCGAGUACAUGAAGUAUUCUCGCCUUUUCAGAUGUUCCAACGAGAAGGGCUAUUUUGCCGUGUCGGAAAAGUGCUCGGACUUCUGCCAGGACGACCUGGCCGACGACGACAUCAUGCUGCUGGACAACGGCUGCGAGGUGUACAUGUGGGUUGGAACCCAGACCAGCCAGGUGGAGAUCAAGCUGAGCCUCAAAGCUUGCCAGGUGUACAUCCAGCACAUGCGCGCCAAAGACCCAAGCCGCCCGCGGAAGCUCCGGCUGGUGCGCAAAGGCAACGAGCCCCCCGCCUUCACCCGCUGCUUCCACGCCUGGAGCGUUUUCCGGAAGGCUCCAGCCUAACCGAGGGGCCGAAGCUGCGACCGGGACCCUCCGACGUGGACGAUGGACUUUAAACCCCUUUCGGCACGGGGGGGGGGGGCAUCCCCGUCCCUCCCCCACCAAGCUGCUCUGCCUUGACAAAGCGCCAGUGGAUCGGACAAAGUGUUAGCAAGAGCGUGCCGGGACCCAGGACCCCCCCUUUAAAGGCCCCCCCCCCCCGACCUGUCUGCUUUGCUCGCGCGCGCUCGCCUCGGGCGACCAGGUUGCGGUGCGUGGCUCGCGCUUGGGACUCGCGACGGGCACACGCUUUUCCCGCUGCCCCCCAACGGCCGCGAGAGCUUGUUUCGCUCCCACCAGUAGCAACUGGGCUAUUUAUGUAAAACACGCACCUCCGCGAGACCCGU